GUUACCUGCGCGCGUCUGCUCACGAGGGCAGAGGAGGAGGCGCGGUCUGCGCGUUGUUGCUUUAGGCCGCCUCCGUGUUCACCUCUGCGGAGGGCUCGGGGUCUUCUUUCUCGUAGCGCCUGCGCACGUGCGGCUUGCUCCACGUGCUUCCUGUUCGUCUGCCCCAAGCGGAGUUCGCAGGGCUGGGCUGUAUUCGCCCGGAGAGUGCCCCCCUUCACCAUGCAGAGGAAGAAGGUGGACAACCGCAUCCGAGUCCUCAUUGAGAAUGGCGUGGCAGAGCGGCAGAGGUCCCUCUUUGUCCUGGUGGGGGACCGUGGGAAGGACCAGGUGGUCAUACUCCACCACAUGUUGUCUAAAGCAGCUGUGAGGGCCAGGCCAUCUGUGUUAUGGUGUUAUAAAAAGGAACUAGGUUUCAGCAGUCACCGCAAGAAGAGGAUGCGGCAAUUACAGAAGAAGAUAAAGAGCGGAACGCUGAACAUCAAGCAGGACGACCCCUUUGAGCUCUUUGUCGCGGCCACCAACAUCCGCUACUGCUACUACAACGAGACCCACAAGAUCCUGGGCAAUACCUUCGGCAUGUGCGUCCUGCAGGAUUUUGAAGCCCUCACCCCAAACCUGCUGGCAAGGACGGUGGAAACAGUGGAAGGGGGCGGUAUCAUUGUGAUCCUUCUGCGGACCAUGAAUUCCCUCAAACAGCUGUACACCAUGACCAUGGAUGUGCAUUCCCGCUACCGGACGGAGGCGCAUCAGGAUGUGGUGGGUCGGUUUAAUGAGAGGUUCAUCCUGUCCUUGGCCUCGUGUAAGAAUUGCAUCGUCAUCGAUGACCAGCUCAACAUCCUACCCAUUUCCAGCCACAUAGCCAACAUCCAGGCCCUGCCUCCAAAGACGCAGGACGAUGACCUUUCCCCCUCAGACCUGGAGCUGAAGGAACUGAAGGAAAGCCUGCAGGACACCCAGCCCGUGGGCGUGUUGGUGGACUGCUGCAAGACGCUGGACCAGGCCAAGGCUGUCCUGAAGUUCAUCGAGGGCAUCUCGGAGAAGACCCUGCGCAGCACGGUGGCGCUCACAGCUGCUCGAGGGCGAGGGAAGUCAGCCGCCCUGGGAUUGGCCAUUGCUGGGGCAGUGGCUUUUGGUUACUCCAACAUCUUUGUCACGUCCCCCAGCCCGGAUAACCUGCACACCCUGUUUGAGUUCAUCUUUAAAGGCUUCGACGCCCUUCAGUACCAGGAGCAUUUAGACUAUGAGAUCAUCCAGUCGCUGAAUCCCGAGUUUAACAAGGCGGUGAUCCGGGUGAACGUGUUCCGGGAGCACCGGCAGACCAUACAGUAUAUACACCCUGGAGAUGCAGUGAAGCUGGGACAGGCCGAGCUCGUUGUGAUUGAUGAAGCUGCCGCCAUCCCCCUGCCCUUGGUGAAAAGCCUGCUUGGACCCUACCUCGUGUUCAUGGCUUCCACCAUCAACGGCUAUGAGGGAACUGGCCGCUCGCUGUCCCUCAAGCUGAUCCAGCAGCUGCGGCAACAGAGUGCGCAGAGCCAGCUGAGCACCACGGCAGAGAACAAGGCCACCACCACUGCCCGGCUGGCCUCAGCUCGAACGCUGCACGAAGUUUCCCUCCAGGAAUCGAUCCGCUACGCACCUGGAGACCCUGUGGAGAAGUGGCUGAAUGACCUGCUAUGUCUUGACUGCCUGCACAUAACCAGGAUUGUCUCGGGCUGCCCGCUCCCUGAGGCCUGCGAGCUCUACUACGUGAACCGAGACACCCUCUUCUGUUACCACAAGGCCUCCGAAGCCUUCCUCCAGAGACUGAUGGCGCUCUAUGUGGCUUCUCACUACAAGAAUUCUCCCAAUGACCUUCAGAUGCUCUCCGAUGCCCCAGCUCACCAUCUCUUCUGUCUCCUGCCACCGGUCCCUCCUACCCAGAAUUCCUUGCCAGAAGUACUAGCUGUUGUCCAGGUCUGCCUUGAGGGGGAGAUCUCUCGACAGUCCAUCCUGAACAGCUUGUCUCGAGGGAAGAAGGCGUAUGGAGAUCUGAUUCCCUGGACCGUCUCUGAGCAGUUCCAAGACCCUGACUUUGGCAGCCUCUCUGGUGGAAGGAUCGUCCGCAUUGCCGUGCACCCAGAUUACCAAGGGAUGGGCUACGGCAGCCGGGCCCUGCAGCUGCUUCAGAUGUACUACGAGGGCCAGUUCCCCUGCUUGGAGGAGAAGGUCGUCCAGAAGUCGCAAGAAAUCAACACCGUGAGCAGCGAGGCUGUCAGCUUGUUGGAAGAGGCUGUGACGCCCCGGAAGGACCUGCCGCCAUUGCUCCUAAAGCUCAGCGAGAGGCCUGCAGAAAGCCUAGAUUACUUGGGCGUCUCCUACGGCUUGACACCGAAAUUGCUUAAGUUCUGGAAACGCGCUGGAUUUGUUCCUGUGUAUCUGAGACAGACCCCGAAUGACCUGACGGGCGAGCACUCUUGUAUCAUGCUUAAGACUCUAAGCGAAGAGGAAGAUUCGGAGCAGGAGCCCUGGCUCCCAGCCUUUUGGAAAGAUUUCCGGAGGCGCUUCCUGUCCUUGCUGGCCUACCAGUUCAGCUCUUUCUCACCUGCCCUGGCUCUGAACAUCCUACAGAAUAAAAACAUUGGGGAGAAGUCCCAGGCGGAACUGAGCCGAGGAGAGCUGGAGGCCGCCUUCCUUCCUUACGACCUGAAGAGGCUGGAGAUGUAUUCCCGGAACAUGGUGGAUUAUCACCUGAUCAUGGACUUGAUCCCAGCCAUCUCCAGGAUGCACUUCCUGAACCAGCUAGGGCAGCUGCCCCUGUCGGUGGCGCAGUCGGCUCUGCUGCUGGGAGUCGGUCUCCAGCACAAGACUAUGGACCAGCUGGAAAAGGAGAUUGAGCUGCCCUGCAGCCAGCUGAUGGGGCUUUUCAACCGGAUCAUCCGCAAAGUGGUGCAGCUGUUCAACGUGAUCCAGGAGAAGGCCAUUGAGGAGCAGAUGGUGGCAGCGAAAGACGUGGUUAUGGAGCCCACCAUUAAAUCCCUGAACGAAGACCUGGAUGAAGCCGCGAAAGAAUUCCAGGAAAAACACCAGAAAGAUGUGGGGAAACUCAAGAACAUGGACCUCUCACAAUACAUCAUCCGAGGUGAUGAUGAAGAAUGGAAUGAGGUCCUGAACAAAGCCGGUCAGAACGCCUCCAUCGUCAGCUUGAAAAGCGACAAGAAGAGGAAACCUGAAGCUGAAAAGGAUCCGAAACAGAACAAGAAGUUGAAGAAGGGCCGAGAUAUGAAGAACAGGAAAGACGGCAAACAGAAAAGGAGGAAAUAGUUGUGACUGCCGCCUCGGGCAUUGGAAGACCCAAGAGCCCUUGGCCGGCCGGAAAGGGUGUUCACCAUCGCCUCGCCAGGACUUCGGCCUGUCCCCGAGUGCCGAGGCCAGAUCUGUUGUUCCGGAUGCCCUGAGUGUCUUCGCUGCCUGGCGCUUUCCCUUUCACAUCUGGACUUGCCAUAAAGUUCUCCCUCCCACCCACACCCCCUUCCACGUUUCUUUUCCAUUUGCUUCCUGACCCAAUUUUCCAGACUUGUUCUCAUGCACCCUGGAGAACCGGAGGGGCCAAAGUCAUGCACAGGACACAUCACAGCCAUCUUCAGAAGGCAGCCCCAGGGCUUUUCCUACAACGAGCUGAGGGAAGGGGAUGCCAGGAUAGGUGCCCACUCAGGUCUGGGAUUGUCUGCAUCCUUUGGCAGUCUUGAUCCCUGCCAGUGUUUCAGGACCAAAAGCCUGGAGCUGACAAUAGGCAGGAUCUUCAGACUGAUCCUGCUUCUAGCUGGUUGCCAUUCUGUUUUAGGCAGAGUUGCACAUUGAUGCUGGAAGCUGCCACCCUUAGGCAGCCCGGGGGAGGGGGAGGGGAGGUGAGGUUUUUUUUAACACUUUGAAUCGCAGGAGGACUAUUUGCUGGUUGGGUAUUAAAUACCUUGGUACAUAUAAGCUGUUCCAUGCCAAUUAUUGUCUGAGCGAUGAGUUGGAGAAGAGAUAGAAUGUGGCAACAGUGAAUAAGGGCCAGGAAGAAAGACCUAAUGCCUACCGGCAGUCAUCCUGUGGGCAGAUCAUUUCAGCACCCCCAGGAGAACCAUAAGCUACAGAUGAACUACUCAUGAGCCUUGGUGGAGAGAAUUUCACCGCUGGGAGUUCCAUUUAUACCAGUGAACUCCCAGGUCCAGACCAACAGAUGUUGAGAACACAGGAGAAAUCUGGUCACUUCUUGGUCCAUAGAUAUCUUCAGGGUUUAGAAAUGGCCUGAUGUGUAUGUCUUCAGUGGGUUAUGGGCAUAGGGGUUGGUGACUUGAUUACAGCGUCAGAGGCAGGCAGACAGGAGAGUUCGGAGGCAAAAUCUUGUUCCAGGUAAUAGCAUCUGAAAGACCGGGAAGGGAGGCUGUCGUGGAGUGGAACCCAGAAGCUAAUUAACUGCAUUGAAAGGAGCACUAGACCUGGGGCCCAGGAGGUCUGUCUAAAUUAGCAUGGGCCCUUAGGCAGGCCCCCAGCCCCACCAAAGCUCCGUGCCUCCCUCCAGUUCUUCGUUGGGAGAGGAGGGCUGAGUAACAUGAACAUUCCCUUCUGCUAUGAUUCAUCCUGCCCUCCCUCUGUCGCCCGCUGUUGCUGCCGUAUUUGUUUCGUGAUGCCUUUGUCAGUGACUACGACAUUCAGGCCGGUGCCCGUGGAUUUGGCUUACGUAGAGUUACCUCACCGGCAGCAGACCUUGUUGGAGGCUUCGUCCGUGCCUACGCUUAAUGAUUUUCCCCCAGUUGUCUCAGGGAGGAAUGUUAUUUUCAGAUCAAUGAAUCUUCAUAAGGAAAGUAUGAUUUCUAAGGCAACUACGUCACUUAUUUCAUGAAAUUCACCUUGGAUGAGUCACUUUGUGUCUUAACUGGCUCCUCAUUAGCAAAGUGGAAGCGCCAGCCCUCAAAUGGGCCAGGGAAAGUAACUGAGAGGACUGGGCUUCAAAUCCCAGCUCUGUUACGAGCCAUCCACAUGCCCUGGCCAUGGGCCUUCAUCUGUAAAAUGACUGCCAAGGGCCCUCUCCUCCCUCCCCCCAUCUAAAGUCCUGUGCUCUUGAACCAUUUAAAAUACUUUAAAACCGAGAACUUGAGAUGUAAUUGGUUCUCCUUGUAAUCCUAUGCAUUUAAAUUUAUCCAUUUAAAAGCAGUAUUCUGAAAAGGGGUCAGUCCUCAGACUGCCGGCUCAAGGACUCCACCACACAAAAAGAGGUUAAGGAUGCUUUAGAAACUGUAUCCAUAGAGAUGCCAUUUCCACAAUGUUCUCACUUAUUUCUCUUUGUGUUUUGAUCUGUGGAAUGAAUGUGGUCAUGUCAGAUACUGAAGUUUAUUUCCAUAGCUUGCUUUCAAUCUCUGGGAUUAUAAUAAACAUCCCUUUUCUAUGGGAUCUGAUGUACAAUUCAA